AUGCUGUUCAGAUAUCUUCUCGCUCUAGCGAUCCAUCUAUGCUGGGCUUCUCUUGGCCUCGCGGACCAAGACCAGACAAUUACUAUCCCAUGGGUCACCGACGCCCCUGAUUAUUUCCAGGGCUAUGGUGGCCAGGCUCUCGGCGCGACGGGUGGAACAACAACCUAUGGAAUCAAUUGUCUCGCGUCUCACCCAGCCUGCCGCAGAUUCACCCCCGAUAUGACUCUUAUCUAUGGACCCAGCACAUAUGACAUGGUUGCCAAGGGCUACAAAUUCGACUUCACCUCAGGUUGCACGCUCAUUGGGGCUCCGACCCCUACCAUGGCCACCUGCACUGAAACCAAGUCGUUUCAUCAAAAACAUGCUGUCGACACGGCCACGGUGCUUGUUCCUGCUACCGGCACUCAGUCCAGCCUGGGGAUCUUCCCGGCCACUUUGAUCGUGACUGAUGCUGGCGACUUCGCUGCGACUUCUACCGUGCCUCAGACUGAGCCCUCCGUCAACUCCGAUGUCUCGACUAGUGACGGAAGUUCAACUCCGAUUGAAACUGGUACACCAAUUAACCCAACUUCCGAGCUUAUGGUCGCAUAUGUAAAUACAACAAUCACUCCGACCGAUCUUCCAGUCCCUUUCGACAAUAGGACCUCACCAGACCACAAGAACGGUUCGACGGUGACGGUGACGGUCCUCGCCAGUCCUAUUCCCUGCCGGUGUGAAUGCAACUGCAACGAGACUUUACCCGCAAGACCGCUGGAUACUUCCCCGAAGGAGAAAAGCCAUGCAGUCAAGAUGGCGCUACCUAUGGCGCUACUAGGUGGACUCGUUGCUGGUUCUUUCUUCUGGAACUGCGAUUAG